UAUCUAAGUGACUAAGUACAAAAGAGAUGAUAGUAUGUUUACAAGAGAGAUUACCCUGUCAUCACGACAAAAGAUUGAAGAUUGAAGAUUUUAUCUGAAAAGCUUCCUCGGGAAGUCGUCAUUUCCGGAUUUUUUAGUUCCUUUAUUUGGAUGUUAUAAAUUUUUAACAGUAUUUUAAAAAGGUUAUUAUUUUGAAACAGAGUGGCGUACUACAUCCUAUAAAUAUGUCAAAUUUCACUUCCGCGUUUUACGAUUUCCGUGUUUUAGUGUAAACAAUAGUUUAAUCAGACUUUUGGAUGCUGAGGUCGGAAUAUGUGUGCCCACUAAAACAUUAUCCUCGUUGAAUGAAUCAUAAGUACGACAAUACACGAACAGAUAUGUACCAGCUUUCAUAAUGGUCACUGAUGGUUAUCUUGAUAAGAUGGACAGAAAAGGGAUCAAUAUUUACAAUGUAUAAACCAUUUUGAAAGCCAUGAAAAAGAUGUCUAGGUUUUUACAACUUCGAAGAUUAUCGUCUUUCUGGUAGACUUUAAGUUUGUACAAGGAAUAAAGAAGAGUUUACCAUGGCAUCUUUUUCUGUAGAGGAAGAAAACUAUGUUCGAAUGAGUUUGUUACUGACAGGAGUUUCUCCACGUGCUGUAAGAACUCUUUUUGAUUUUGAGUUUGCUCCUGCAUUAUUAAAUACCUCAUUGAAGAAAGAGCUUAAAAAACUAACUGAAUUGAAAAGGGUACAUAGAAUCAACCAAUCACAGUGGAACCUCCUGUUUCCAAGAUGUCCUGAUGUUCCAGAUUCUAAAACUUUUGAUGUGACCCUGAUGACUACCUUACUGAGGAACUUGACUCCAAUGAAUCCUCCAUCUUGUGGAUUUGACCGUUUACCUGCUGCUAUGGAGACCACAUCAGCUGCAGAUUUGGCAAGAAUCAAAUAUUACAGGAAUUACUUAGCUCAUCUGGAUGAUAGCAAAGUUGAUAUUAAUCACUUUAAAACAGCAUGGAAUGAUAUGUCUGAUGCCAUUGAAAGAUUAGGCGGGAAGCAAAUGAAGCAGGAGUGUGAUGAUAUGAAAACCAAACCAUUAGAUCAAACAAACCAAGAAAUAAUAAAAGACAUUAAGCAUUCGAAUAAUGAAAUCCGUGAGCUGAAAGAAUUAUUUGAAAAACUGAAGCUGUCUCAUACUGAAAUAAUAAAAUCCAAUGAAUUACUUGAAGAAAACCAUGCAGUAGUGACAAAAGAAAUGGAAGAAAUAAAGAACUCACUGAAUGAUCCUAUACCUAUGAAUAUUAGAGAUCAAAUAAAAAAACAAAUAGAAGAUUGGAAAAAGAAAGAUAAGAUGUUUGUGUCUACGAGAGCCAGUGAUUAUGUCCUACAAUGUUUACAUGACAACAGUUGUGUGACUUUAACUGGUCCAUUAGGAGUUGGGAAAUCAUUUAUUGCAAGACACACAGCACUAGUUUUACAGAAGGAAGGAUACAAAAUAAUCCCUGUGACAAAACCCGAUGAUAUUGAAAAUUAUCAUCAACCUGAUAAACAUAUAGUCUUUGUGGUAGAUGAUAUUUUGGGAAAUUUUACUGCCAACGAUCAUUCUAUUGAGAGCUGGAAACAACUUUUACCUACAAUUGAUAACGUUAUUGCAGACAAAUAUUGUAAGAUUAUUGUAUCUUGUAGGUUGCAAAUCUAUAAAGAUGAUAGGUUUAAUAUAUUAACACCUUUUAAAUCCUGUGAAUGUAACUUAAUAUCAGAUAAGUUUAGUCUUACAAUUGAGGAAAAAAAUAUCAUAGCAAAUAAAUAUAUGGGUACAAGUUUGGACAAUAUUGAUAAAUUAUCACAAAAAUGUGAAUUCUUUCCACUUUUAUGCUAUUUACAUCAUAAGAGGGGAAUUGGAGAUGUUAAUGAAUAUUUCAUAAAUCCAUUUGAAGUCUAUAGAAAUGAAUUAGACAGUUUAAGGAGGCAUGGUGAUGAAGGGAACUAUAAAAUAUGUGGUCUGGCUUUAUUAUGUGUUCACUUUGGUAAUCAUUUGGAAGAAAACUGGUUCAGAGGGAAAAUGACAGAUGCACAAAAACCAUUCAUAGAAGAAACAUGCAAUACAUAUGAAAUCAGCAGAAGUACAUCAAAGGUAAAACUGAAGAAAGCACUUGACACCCUAGAUGGUACUUUUAUACAUAAACGCAAUGGCAUUUAUAGUACUGUACAUGAUGAAUUGUUUGACUUCCUUUCUGAAUACUUCAAAAUGAUUGAUUGUUGAAAGAUCAUGGUGAGUGUGAUUUAGUACUUGAUGUUUUUUCCAAGCAUGCAUCUCCAGUUAACAAGGUUUUUCAAUGUAAAUAGACAUUAUUAUUGAAAAGCUAAUAGUAAUAGAAUAAAUGUAUAGAAAUUAUGUAAUGCAAAAUAAAAAUGUUAUUUUCA